AUGGUGAUUUUAAUGGCUCUUCGCAAAGAGACUUCGCUUCAUCCACCCACAAGGCUGUUGCUUCGCAAUUUGGCGACAACAGAUCUCUUGGUUGGGCUUUUUUUAGAGCCGCUGGACGUCGUCUAUUUGCUUUCCGUUAUUCAUCAAGAUUGGUACUUAUGCCGGGUCGCAGAGACUACCACGUUUAUUGUGGGUUACACGUUGGGGCCUGUGUCCCUAUGGACUGCGACUGCUAUAAGUUUUGACCGUCUCCUAGCUUUAAAAUUGGCCAUCCGGCACUCGGAGGUUGUGACUAUCAAGAAAACGUAUGCGGUUAUAACAACAUUUUGGGUGAUGUCCAUUGUACUUUCGUCAUCGUAUGUCGUAGAGAGCCUUGUAUCGUUUUGGUACAGCCAUCUCACUGUAGCAUCAUGCUUGGCGAUUUCUAUUCCGUCGUACGCGGUGAUUUUCAGAUGGCUGCGUCGGCAGCAAACUCGCGUAAUACACGGCAACUCGCGGCAACAGCAACGAGAUGAAAUAACUAUGUUGAGGAUAGCACGAUACAGAAAGACAGUUAGCAAUAUUCUUUGGGUGAAGCUGGCGUUGAUUAUGUGUUAUUCGCCCUACGGUGUGGCUUCAGUUCUGUUCUUUUCCAGUCCGUCUUCGUCACUUUUUCUCCCUUGGCAAAUGACAAUGAGUGUUGUAUUUGUGAACUCUACGUUGAAUCCCUUCCUUUACUGCUGGAAGAUCAGAGAAGUGAGAAAAGCUGUGAAGAGUACAUUCAAGCAAUCAUUAUGCUGGUCAUCAACUUAG